AUGAUUCCGUUAAAAUUACCUUUUCUACUCAUCCUGUCGCUAUUGACAGUUUGCGUUGUCAGUUUUCGUCCGUCGCAGGGAAAGUGUGAAAUUCGACGGGUCACGGCGAAAAGCAGCCCCAACGACAUUGUCGUGGGCAACAGGAAGCAAGGCGACAGCCUCGUAAAUUGCAGCCACUUCUUCCGCGAGGCGAACCCGUCAAAGCGUAUAAUUGCCUUUCGGCCCUUCGACGUCGCCAACGAGUACACCAUAACGCAAGUCCGAGCUCUGGAUCAGACCAACGGUACCGGGGGCAUUGUCACCUACGAGUACGGGGGCCCAGGUAUGACGCGCGUGCUACUGGGCUUUCACAGUAAAAUUAACCAAGGCGUCGAGUACAUCAUCGAACUUUACGCUGAGCCUUACGAAGGUUGA